GUGGUAUGGAGUGAUUGGCUUUACUAAGGGGUUGCAAUGAAAUGCCUACACAUUCCUAUCAUAUAUGCCAUAUACGGUGGAAGCAAGCUUAAUGAUAGCUAAAGUGGAAUGUCUGAGAGAUGUUCAGUUUGUGUUGAUUCACUUUGUUCUCUAUCGUUGUUCAUGCCAGCUUAUCAUACGAGUUAAUUGAUUUGGGGAGGUGGUGGUGGUGAAGAUAUUUUGCAGCGCAUGAAUGUGCACAUAUACACCUUUAUAUGUGUGUGCAUGUCAACACACUUGCACUUCUGAAACCAUUGAGGUUUUCUUGCCGCCUCUUUGCUGCUGUUUCGAGAAACAACUUUUGCAUAAACAAAUGGAAGAAGAAAAACAGGUUGCUGUAAAAGAGGUCGUUACGGGUCAUCAACAGGAUUUCCAGUCCAAAUAUCCACGGUUGGCUGCAUCAUUUGGAAGUAUGGCUGGCAUGUCUACAGUGUAUCCGAAUGGAUCGAGCUUUUUGAAGGAGAAGAUGAGUUUGAUUGCUACUGACAAGGCUGAAAUGUUGGAGGAGAAGUGGAAGAAACUGGAGGAUGACGAAGCUGCCUUGAUGGUGAAGCGCUUAGAUUUGAUUGCGGAGCAUUUCAAAUUGGUGGUUGAUGCAAUGAGAGGUAACUAGAUGCGGAUGGAUCAUGUUUUAUUCAGUGCUACAAGUUCUGAUGUUGUUCCGGUGGAGUUUUAGAUUUUGUUUUGAUGUAGUCUUGUUUCUCAAGACAAUUUCUUCUCGCGUUGAUGUACUUGUGUUUAGUCUGUGAGGAAGCUUUAGUUUAUCGGGUUGAUUCAAACAUUUUAUUGCUUCUUUUUAGUUUUUCUAUGAACUGGUUUGGAUGAUAUCCGCUGUGUUUGCUUCUGGUUCAUCCUUUUAAUAUGUCAUUUCCUAUUCCAGAUGGAAAUAUAUUUAAAUGCGAUCUUUCUCAGUUUUUGC